GCUGGGAGCCGCGGAUCGCGGAGUGUUCCCUUGCUAGCUUAGUCGGUUCUUCUUUCUUAGCUUAGCCCAGCCUCAUCAUGGUGGACGCCUUUGCAGGCACCUGGAAGCUAGUGGACAGCAAGAAUUUCGAUGACUACAUGAAGUCCCUCGGUGUGGGUUUUGCUACCAGGCAGGUGGCCAGUAUGACCAAGCCUACCACGAUCAUUGAAAUAAAUGGGGACACCAUCACCAUAAAAACCCAAAGCACCUUCAAGAAUACAGAGGUCAGCUUCAAGCUAGGCGUGGAGUUCGAUGAGACAACAGCUGAUGACAGGAAGGUCAAGUCAACUGUGACGCUGGAUGGAGGCAAACUUGUCCAUGUGCAGAAAUGGGAUGGGCAAGAAACAACACUCGUACGGGAGCUCGUUGAUGGGAAACUCAUCUUGACACUCACCCAUGGCAACGUAGUCUGUACUCGCACCUACGAGAAAGACGCGUGACCUGCCCGCUCCUUCACUGACUGCUCCUCUGCCAACUGGCCACCCCGGACUCAGCACCAGAUUGCCUCACUUCCUCCUCCAGCAUUUUGUAUAAAUUCCCCUCGAUUGGGGAAAUCCUUCUGGGGUCAGGUGCACCACCCUGGAUCCGGUUCCAGUACCAUUGUGUUUGUUUUUCUAACUGCAUCCAAAGAGUGCUCUGAGGUCAAUAAAGCAGGGACAAGACCGCCCA